CUCUGGUUAAGUCCUCACCCUCCCCUCCAUUCCCCUCACAUCCCAAAAACCACACACAACACACCACAACCUUCUUCUUCUUCUUCUUCAACUUCUGGUUCAAAACCUCAACAGAUUGUUGAAUUGCGCGUUGAAAUACGACUCAAUAUUCUUUCGCGAGCUCUGUUCUCACUUCAAAGGUUAGGUUCUUCGAGAGUUUCUUUGUUUCCACUCCGUCGCUUGCUGAGAAGGCGUGAGCGAGAGUUGUAGAAUUACGCAACGAGUGUCGCGGAUGAGAGAUCUGUGGUGAGGUCUCUGGAAAUGACAUCAUUGGAGGUGACGAUGAAGGGAAAUUGCUUGAACCACAACGACGGCGGAGCCACGGAGCCUCAUUCCCCGUCCACGGCCAAAGACGCAGAAGCUGCACUUUUCAGGGAGCUAUGGCAUGCUUGUGCAGGUCCUCUAGUCACGGUUCCGCGAGAAAGAGAGCGCGUGUUUUAUUUCCCUCAGGGACAUAUUGAGCAGGUGGAGGCGUCGACGAACCAGGUGGCGGACCAGCACAUGCCGGUUUACGAUCUCCCACCCAAGAUCCUUUGUCGGGUCAUCAACGUGCAGCUGAAGGCCGAGCCCGACACGGAUGAGGUGUUUGCUCAGGUGACUUUGCUUCCGGAGCCAAAUCAAGAUGAGAAUGCCGUGGAGAAGGAGCCACCACCGCCUCCUCCGCCGCGGUUUCAUGUUCAUUCUUUCUGUAAAACUCUGACGGCGUCCGAUACCAGUACCCAUGGUGGGUUUUCUGUGCUGAGACGGCAUGCUGAUGAAUGUCUUCCUCCUCUGGAUAUGUCGAAGCAGCCACCCACACAGGAAUUGGUGGCUAAGGAUCUUCAUGCAAAUGAAUGGCGAUUUAAACAUAUCUUCCGAGGUCAACCCCGUAGACACUUGCUUCAGAGUGGUUGGAGUGUUUUUGUCAGCUCCAAAAGGCUUGUCGCUGGGGAUGCAUUUAUAUUUCUUAGAGGUGAGAAUGGGGAACUUCGUGUUGGUGUCCGACGAGCAAUGAGACAGCAGGGUAAUGUUCCAUCCUCAGUUAUCUCCAGCCACAGCAUGCAUCUCGGUGUCCUUGCAACUGCUUGGCAUGCCAUCUCGACCGGGACCAUCUUCACUGUUUAUUACAAGCCUAGGACCAGUCCUGCUGAAUUUAUUGUUCCGUAUGAUCAAUAUAUGGAGUCUCUCAAAAAUAAUUAUAGCAUCGGGAUGCGGUUCAAAAUGAGGUUUGAAGGUGAAGAGGCUCCAGAGCAGAGGUUUACUGGUACCAUUGUUGGAAUAGAAGAUUCUGAUCCCAAAAGGUGGAGAGAUUCCAAAUGGAGAUGCCUCAAGGUGAGAUGGGAUGAAACAUCCAACACCCCUCGGCCAGAGAGAGUUUCCCCUUGGAAAAUAGAGCCUGCUCUUGCUCCCCCGGCUCUAAAUCCUCUUUCAAUGCCCAGGCCUAAAAGGCCUCGGUCUAAUGCAGUUCCUUCAUCCCCAGAUUCUUCUGUUCUUACUCGAGAAGCAUCAUCUAAAGUGAGCAUAGACCCUUCACCGGCAAAUGGCUUUCCAAGGGUCUUGCAAGGUCAAGAAUUCUCGACCUUGAGAGGCAAUUUUGCUGAAAGUAAUGAGUCUGAUACUGCUGAGAAGUCUGUUGUUUGGCCACCUGCUGCAGUAGAUGAUGAAAAGAUGGAUGUUUCUACUUCAAGGAGGUAUGGUUCAGAGAGCUGGAUGUCAAUGGGGAGGAAUGAGCCUACAUAUUCGGAUCUUCUUUCAGGCUUUGGGGCCAGUGGGGAUCCUUCUCAUUUAUCCUUGAAGGAUCAAAUGAGCCCUGCUUAUUCUGCUAGAAAGCAAUCAUUGGAUCAUGAAGGCAAACUUCACAUGCCUCAUCCAUGGCCUGUAAUGCCCUCUAGUCUGUCACUGAGCAUCUUGGACUCUAAUACAAAAGGUCCUGCACAUGGUGGUGAUACAACUUACAAAGCUCGAGGGAAUUUGAGGUACAGUGCAUUUGGUGAAUACCCUGCACUCCAUGGUCAUAAAGUUGAGCAUUCACAUGGAAACUUGAUGCCACCCCCACCUGCACUCCUAACUCAAUAUCAGAGUCCUUGUUCAAGAGAGCUUAUGUCAAAACAAGUGUCAGCAAAAACUUGUGAGGCUGUGAAACCAAAAGAUGGUGACUGUAAGCUAUUUGGCUUCUCACUUAUCAGUGGCCCUACUUUACCAGAGCCUUCUUUAUCACAAAGAAAUGUGAGUGAGGCUGCUGAUCAGAUGCAUCUUACAGCACACCAACAAAGAACAUCUGAAAAUGAUGAAAAGUUAGACCACUCGAAGGGAUCAAGACCUGUAGAUGAUAUAGUUGUUGAUGACCAGGACAGACCAUUACGGACUUCUCAGCUGCAUACUAAAGAUGUUCAAGCUAAACCUCUCAGUGGUUCUGCUAGGAGUUGCACUAAAGUUCACAAGAAGGGCAUUGCACUUGGUAGAUCAGUGGACCUUACAAAGUACAGUGGCUAUGAUGAAUUAGUUGCUGAAUUGGAUCAGCUGUUUGAAUUUGGGGGUGAAUUAUUGUCAACUAAAAAAGAUUGGCUUAUCGUCUUUACUGAUAAUGAGGGUGAUAUGAUGCUUGUAGGCGAUGAUCCAUGGCAGGAAUUCUGUGCCAUGGUUCGCAAAAUUUAUAUCUACCCUAAAGAGGAGAUCCAGAAAAUGAGCCCAGGUACCUUGAGCUCGAAAAAUGAAGAGAAUCAUUCGGUGACGGCUAGUGAAGGUGCAGAUACAAAAGAUGUUAAAUGUCAGCCGCAUCAAAAGUUCAAUUCAGAAAAUGGUCUUGACGCCUAAUGAUUAGUAGAUUGAUUUCCGUAGCUCUCAGAUUCCGGGAUGGAAAGUAGGGAACUGCCAUGAAGCCAUCCAGUUGGAAAACUUAACUUGAAGACGAAAUCGAGGCUGACUGCUGCUUAUCAGUGACUGCUUCGAAUCAAUAUAUAAGAUGGCACGAAAGAGUAUCCGUUCAAUUUUGGAAAUCCCGGAAUUAGUAGUAUAAUGCUCAGCUAUAUACAAUCCCUAGUAUGUAAUCAAUUGUGUUUUUGAGUGAGGUGAUAUAGGGUGAUAUCAACCUUGCUUUUCUUUUCCAAACAAUCCCACCUUGUAGCUGUACAUAGUUGUUUCUCAUCUACCCUCUGAACAACAAACCGUUAAUGUAAUGAAAAUUGAUAGUAUACCAGGGAGGCCUUGUGGUUGGUAUCCAGUUUAUUUGAUUUUAAUUUUGAUUCUUAUUAGUCAUAAUUUGUGAGAUGGAAAUUAUCGAGAUUCCAUUCUGCAUGCUGUAUAAUUAAAUUUUGUUUUAAGUGUACAUUUGUUUUGUA